AUGGCUAAUGGGUACCGCACACUCUCCCAGCACCUCAACGAUCUCAAGAAGGAGAAUUUCAGCCUCAAGCUGCGCAUCUACUUUCUGGAGGAGCGAGUCCAGCAGAAGGGCGAGGGAAGCCGGGACGAUGUCUACCGGCGGAACAUCGAGCUGAAGGUGGAGGUGGAGAGCCUGAAGCGGGAGCUGCAGGAGAAGCAACAAGCCCUGGACAACACAUGGGUGGCUGCGGAGAACCAGACGACCCGCAGCCAAGCAGCGCUCCGGCAGCAGUAUGAGGAGCGGCAGCGGGAGUCGGAGCACGUCUACGAGCUCCUGGAGAACAAGAUCCAGCUCCUGCAGGAGGAGGCCAGGCUGGCACGGAAUGAGGCCGAACAGUGUCACCGCCCCGGCGCCGCACUGUGGCAGUCCCACGGGGCGGGCCGCGGGCAACCACUGCGCAUGCGCAACCCGGGGACGCGGCGACUACAAAUCCCGGCAGGCACUGCGGCGGCUGCGCAUGCGUGGCGGCCCUUGUGCGCCGCCAUCUUGAAAUCUGAGCCACAAGCCGGGCGCCGCCGUGGCAGGAGCAUCCUCGGCGGCGGCGGCGGGGGGAGGCGGAGCGGCGGGGCCUGUGGGGCAGGGGGGCAGCCCGGGCUGUGCGGCAACCAGCGGCGAUGGAUCUUCCACACGGCAGCCAAGCUGAACCUCCAGGUGCUGCUCUCCCACGUCCUGGGCAGGGAGCUGUGCCGGGAUGGCAAAUCCGAGUUCGCUUGCAGCAAAUGUGCCUUCAUGCUGGACCGCAUCUACAGGUUCGACACCGUCAUUGCACGCAUCGAAGCCCUCUCCAUCGAGCGCCUGCAGAAACUGCUGCUGGAGAAAGACCGCCUCAAGUUCUGUAUCGCAAGCAUGUACCGCAGGAACAACGAAGACUCUAACGCAGACGACAGAGCUGGGGAUGGGACUGUGGACCUUUCUAGCCUGCCUGAUGUACGGUACGCUGCCCUCCUUCAGGAGGAUUUUGCUUAUUCUGGAUAUGAAUAUUGGACGGAUCAAGAAGAGCACAGCUUGGAGCCACACAGCUGCCACGCUUCAGAGGGAGCGAGUAACCGCCCACGGCGCUGCCGUGGCUGUGCCGCGCUGCGGGUGGCCGAUGCUGACUACGAAGCAAUUUGCAAAGUGCCGCGAAAGGUGGCCAGAAGCAUCUCUUGUGGGUUGUCCAGCCGGUGGUCAGCCAGCAUGGGCAACGAGGAGUCAUCUGUGUGUGACGUGGUGGAGUCUGCCAGUACCAGAGGGCCUGUGGAUGGGGAGAGCAUGGAGGAGGGCACACCUGCCUCCUCCGUUGAGUCUCUGGACACGACUGUGGAGACGAGCCCUCCGCAGCAGAAAGACGAAGAUGCAGAUAAGGGAGUGAAAGGAAAUGGGAAAUGUGAUGAUUUCUCAGAUGACCGGAUGACCCCAAACUCUUCACUGGGUGGGAACAGGCUGGAGCUGGCCCUCAGCUUGAUCAAGGCUUUGGACUACAAACCCCUUCAGAGCCCCCGAGGCAGCAGGCUACCUAUUCCUGUGAAGUCCACCUUGCCCCCUCCCAAGCUCAGUCGUGACUUGGCAGAUGGCAGCGCUUCUGCUGGCUUAGCGUGUGCUGGUUCUGCUUUUCUGAACGCAGACAGAAAAUCUUUUUCCAGAGCUCCUUUGGGUCUUUCCCUGGAGAUAUCUGAACUACAGGAGCUGUGGGAUGACCUCUGUGAGGAUUAUAUGCCGCUGCGGGUACAGAAUUUGCAGGAUGAUCGUCAGCAGCCGGCUCCAGGUGACCCCGCAGUGGGAGAGCAUGUGUCCGAUCUGCGUGCUGCAGAGCUGCAGGGCAAAAUCCAGCAGUUUGAAGCUGCCAACAAGUUGUUACAGGAAAAGCUGAAUGAAUUGAAUUUUGAAUUAAAAACUGUCCAAGAAACAUCACAGAGGCAAGACCGUACAAUCCAGAGUCUGAACGAGGCCCUGAAGAGCAAGGAAAGUAAGACAGAAGAGCUAUACCAUAUCAUCGAAGGGCAGAAUGAGACAAUGGCCAAGCUGCGGGACAUGUUACACAGAAGCCAUCUGGGACAGCUGCAGAUGUCAGAGAGCCCACUCUCAUCCCAGGAGCAGCAAAUGUCACUGCUAGAUCUUCAGAACACGCUUUUCUGCACCAAGCUGGAGGUGCAGAAACUGAAAAGAGCUCAGCGCCAGAAAGAGCAUCAAGUGGCUGAAGCCAAGAGAGCAACCCAGCUCCUGGAGACCAUGGUACAUGAGGAAGAGCAGCAGAAAGAGGCAACCUGGAAACACAACCAGGAGCUGCGUGCUGUGGUACAGCAGCUGCAGGCAGAGCUGCAGGACAAGGCUCAGCAACUCCAGACUGUGGAGUGGGAGAAGUGCCGUGAGCUGCAGGCUCAGGAGCAGAGAGUUCAGUGUUUGAGUCAGCAUCUAGCUCGCAAGGAACAGCUUCUGCAGGAAUCGCGGGAACUUCUGCAAUGCCAGCAAAGCUUGGAUAAGAGCCCUGCAGCCAUGAAUGCGAUGUUUGAAAAACUGCAGCAGCGAGUCAGCGACAGGGAUGCUGCUUUGGAGCGAGCAGUAGAUGAGAAGUUCUGUGCCCUGGAGAAGAAGGAGAAAGAGCUGCAACAGCUCCGUCUCUCAAUAAGGGAGCGUGGAGGUGACCUGGAGAGGCUGCGCAGUGUCCUAUCCAGCAAUGAGGCCACCAUUCAUAGCCUGGAGAGCCUCCUGAAAGCCAAAACCCUGGAACUAGAGCAGGUGUCAGCAACCUGCCAAAACCUCCGCUGGCUCAAGGAAGAGAUUGAGGCCAAAUCCUGCAGCAGGCAGAAGGAGCAGGAGGGGAUCAUCCAGCAGCUGCAGACCUGCCUACAUGACAGGAACAAGGAAGUGGAGGAGCUUACAGCAACUCUGCUGUGCAAGCUGGGCCCAGGGCAGAGCGAGGUAGCAGAGGAGCUGUGCUUGCGUCUCCAGCACAAGGAGAAGAUGCUGCAGGAUCUCCUCAGCGACAGGAACCGUCAGACCAUGGAGCAUGAUGCUGAAAUCCGGGAGCUGCUGCAGGCCAUGAGCACCAAGGAGCAGCAGAGCCGAAUGGCUGCUGAGAAGAUGGCACAUGCUUUGGCUGAAAGGAGCUGCGAGUUACAACUCCUACGUCAGCAUGUGUUGGGAAAGGAGUCUGUCGGGACCCAGUCGGCUGGUGCCAGGCUGUUGAAGCAGGACAAACAACCCAUACAAGAAGUACCGCAAAGAGCUUGUGGAGCUUCAGCCAUUGCCGGACCCCCACAGGGGGACAGCAGCUGCAGGACAGAGGGAGUUACGACGACAGCAGCAGAACUGGAGAAGGAUCUUGUUAAUGCCAAAGAGGAGCUGGAGCUAAUGGCAAAGAAGGAAAGGGAAAGCAGGCGGGAGCUCGCUGCUCUCCAGUCUGUCGUGGCCACGCAGGAGGAAGAGCUGCAGGUGCAGGCCUCAGAUAUAGAGUCCUUGACCAGGACCAUCCAGAUCAAAGAGGACCUCAUCAAGGAUCUGCAGAUGCAGCUGGUGGAUCCCGAAGAAAUUCCAGCCGUGGAAAGGCUGACACAAGAAGUCCUGGUUCUUCGGGAGAAAGUGGCCAUAACAGAGUCAAGAGGACAAGAGGCUACUGGAAACAGAAGGCAGCAGUUGUUACUGAUGCUGGAAGGGCUGGUGGCUGAAAGGAAUCGGUUAAAUGAAGCUCUCCAGGCAGAGAGGCAGCUCUACGGCAGCCUGGUAAAGUUUCACACGCACCCAGACAGCGCUGCGAGAGAUCACACUCUGCAGGUGGAGCUGGAGGGGGUCCACGAACUCCGGGGACAGCUGGAAGAAGCUCUUGGAAGAAGCUUGGAGCGUUUGAGCAGGCUGGAGACACAGGGCGCCAUAGGAGGUCAGGCCACAGGCACAGAUGCUGAUGAUGCCAGCGCCAAAUUCACCGACGGCAUGAAGGAGGAGGCAGCCCGCAGUGUGGCAACCCAGCACAGCAGCCCCCAGGCCCCUAAAGAAAGCAGGGGCACUGAAAGGACCCCGAUGGGGAGCAUGGCACCUGCCGUGCUGGAGCGGGAGCUGCGGGCAGAAGAGGAGCUGCGGGAGCUGAAGGCGCAGCUGGAGGAAGCUGGCUUCUCCUCUGUCUCCCACAUCAGGAAGGCGAUGCUGAGCCUGUGCCUGGAGAACGCGGAGCUGAAGGAGCGGAUAGGUGAAGCCACCUCACUGCUGGAGAGUGGGGAGCAGGAGGAGGCUGGGCUGGGCAGCCCCCCGGCCCCCGAGCCCCGCAGGCUGCAGCGGAAGAACCGCAGCACCCUUGGGGACCGCCCAGCUGGUGGCAGUGGGGAUGGCCAAGGGGUCCUAGCAGAGAGGGGAGCUGUGCCUGCCAAACGCCCAGCGCUGGAGGCACGAUCCCAGGAUGAUGUACCCAAGAGACCUUGCCCUGGCACCUCAGGUGGAGGGGACAGGAGCUAUGCAGAGGGCACAGUCCCCAGCAGGGGCUGGCCAGGGCUGGGCACAGAGCUGCAGUCCCAGGUGGCGCAGGGCCAAAAGCAGUGCCAGGAGCUGCAGGACAAGCUUGCUGCGUCGGAGGCCACAGUGCGGGCACAAGCUGAGCAACUGGAGAAGUACCACAUCCUACUCCGUGACUGACGGGGCUGCCCGGCAGGUGAACCCCACGCCCAGCAGCUCAGCAAGCAAGUGCAGGUGGACUUCCAGGACCUGGGCUAUGAGACAUGUGGGCGAAGCGAGACAGAGGUUGACCGGGAUGAGACCACCAGCCCUGAGUGUGAGGAGCCAGAUGUAUUCAGCGAGCCUAGCCUGGGCGAGGAGCUGGGGUCCCCAUGCCGGCCAGGGAUGCCCAGGGUGGGUAAGGCUGCCCGGAAAGCCAUGGCACAGGCAGAAGUGGGGGCCCUGCACCAGCACAUCCAGGACCUCAAGGUGCAGCUGCUCAAUGCCAACAAGGUGAUCCAGAGCCUGCAGCGCCGUGCCCGCUCCAUCUCCGUCACCAGUGGCUACACCUCGGGUGCCGAGCGGCCCCUGCUGGGUCCCACGGCCCUGGCCUCCCCGGCCCACAGCCUCACAGAUGAGGACGAGGGCUGGCAGUCAGAUGGCCACGGCACCCUCUGCCCGCCCGCCCUGCGGGCACACCGUGACCUGCAGCGCCUGGUGCACCGCGUCGCCCUCCUUGAGGCACAGCUGCCCGCAAGCAAAUCCGGAGGCGUUUUGCCCAAGGAGUUGCAAUCUGCCACUUGGCCCGGGAAGUACGACUCGCUGAUCCAAGCACAGGCUCGGGAGCUCUCCCACCUGCGGCAGAUGCUGCGGGAGGGCCGCGGGGUGAGCCGCAGCCUGGCCCAGCACCUGCGUGAUGCCCUGCGGUCCUUUGAGGACCUCCUCCGUGGCACUGACAUCGACUACUACCUGGGCCAGGGCUUUCGUGAGCAGCUGGCCCAGGGCAGGCAGCUGGCCGAGAGGCUCAGCGACAAGCUGGGCACCAGAGAUCAACGAGAUGGGGAGGAUAAAACCAGCCAUGAACUCCUGGCACUGAGGCUCAGCCGGGAGCUCCAGGAGAAGGAGAAGGUGAUCGAGAGCCUGGAGGCGAAGCUGCAGGAGCGCUGUGAAUCCCCAGGAAGCAGCUGCCCGCCCUCCGAGUCGUCCCGCUCUGCCACCAGUACCUCCUUCGUGUCUGAGGGGCUGGAGCCCUGCUCUGAUGGGGACGCAGCCAGCGAGUGCAGCCAGUGCCGUGAGGAGCCUGCCCGACUCACAGGCCUUCGCUUUGACUCCUUGUCCAAACCCGUUAAUGCCCCCCUGCCUGCGUUGGCCCCUGGGCUGCCACCCUUCCUGCCUGCUGGGCCCCCCCCUCCUGUGGCCCCCCCACUCCUGGGCUGCUGUGGGCCCCCCGUCUGCUCCCUGGCAGAGGCGCAGCAGGAGCUGCAGGGGCUCCGGAGGCAACUGGAAGAAAGUGAGCGUGUGCCGCCAGCAUGGGGUGUGACACUGCCCGUGGCACCAGCAAAGCCCACAGCCCCACUGGGCCCCUUUGGAGAGGGCAGCAAAGCCCCAACAUCGCUCUGCCGGCACAGCGUGCUGCAGAGCCUGACUGAGAUCCCUGGGGCCACUGAGACCCGUGCUCGCUGGGACGUACCCCCUCCCAGCCAGCUGCUCUACGGGGCCCUGCCAUCGGGGUACCCCUCCAGCCAGAAGCUAACAGCCAUCUCCUCGGCUGUGACAGGGGCAGACCUGCUGGAAGAACACUUGGUGGAGAUCCGCAGCCUGCGUCAGCGGCUUGAGGAGUCCAUCUGCACCAACGACCGGCUCCGGGAGCAGCUCGAACGCCGCCUGGCCUCCACGGGCAAGACCAGUGGAUUGCCCAGUGAUGUCUAUGCCCAGGCGCUGGAGCCGGGGCUGCAGCUGAGCGGGGAGAACCAGGCUCUGCGUGAGGACAACCGGACCCUGAGGCUCCAGCGUGACCACCUCUCUCAAGAGCUGGCACAGGUGCAGGAGGCGCUCCUGGCUGCCUGUUCCCGGGCACGGGAAGCUGAAGCAGAGCUGAGCCAGAGGCGUGGGGAGCAGCGGCGGCUGGCGGAGGAGCUCACCGAACACCAAGGGAAUGUCCGGCAGCUUCGGGAUGAGCGGCGCUCUCUGCAGGAGGACAACAACAGACUGCAGCACACAGUGACGCUCCUGCAGCAGCAGUGUGAGGAGCACCGCCUGCUCCUGCAGACCCUGCGCGCGGAGCUGCACGUCUAUGAGAGCCUUCCUCGCCCCUCUGCCGAGACCCGUGCAGGCUGCUUCCCAUCUCCUCCGGUGCGGGAUGUUGGCACAAGUUCAGCAGCUCCCCUCUUCUCCCCACUGCCCUCUGACACAUCGGUGGCCCGGAAGAUGGACGAGCCACGUGGGGCAGAUCCACUGGUGAGGAAGAGUGAGGGACCGAUGGGGGCUCAUGUCAUUGGCCACCUGGACACCUACCGGGCCCUGGAGCAGCACAUCCUGGAGGGGAAGGGGCUGGCCUGUGAGCUGAUGUGUCUGACGCGCCCGGCACUUGGGCUGUCCAACUGCCCGCUCCCGGGAAAGGAGGCCCUGGGGUGGGCGGGUGCGGGGCACCUCUGGGGCAGCGCCAGCACCCUGCACCGUGUCCUGGAAGAGUGCGCGUCUCUCCUCGCUGCCUUCUGGAGCACCGUGCUGCCUGUCAGCCCUGCCCAGCACCAGGGCAAGGAACAAGCACUACAGGGUGAGAUCGCGGCACUGCGGGCCCAGCUCUCCGAGAGGGAGGAUGCUCUGCAGAACACAGCUGAGCGGCUGCGCAACACAGCACAGCUCAAGGACAGCAUGGAGCAGUUCAUUGUGAGCCAGCUGACCAGGACCCAUAACGUGCUGCGCAAGGCCAGGACGAACUUGGAGGUGAAGGCCCAGCAGGCCCUGCCUGUCGCGUGA